UGGUCCUUGGAUCAGAACCAUUUGCUUCUGCAAGAUGAAACGACAGACAGUCCAAACUUCGCUCUGCUUGCUUUUGUGCUUCAGUGUUUUACCAACCUGUCACUGUGCUCAUGGGAAAUUCGCUCAGAAGCUCCUGAAUGAUCUGUUCACCAACUACACUAGUGCGCUGAGACCCGUGGAAGACACAAACAACAUCCUGAAUGUGACUCUGCAGGUCACUCUGUCACAAAUCAUCGACAUGGAUGAGCGAAAUCAAAUUUUGACUGCAUAUUUGUGGAUACGGCAAGUGUGGGUUGACGCACACCUCAAAUGGAAUAAAGAUGAUUACGAUGGACUCGAUACCAUCCGCAUACCUAGUAGUUAUGUAUGGAGACCUGAUAUAGUCCUAUAUAACAAUGCAGACGAUCAUUUCACUGGCCCCAUGGACACCAAUGUGGUGAUCCGACAUGACGGCCAGAUCAUGUGGGACUCCCCAGCGAUCACCAAGAGCUCCUGCAAAGUGGACGUGUCCUUCUUCCCCUUCGAUGCUCAGCAGUGCAGGUUCACUUACGGCUCCUGGACCUACAACGGUAACCAGCUUGAUAUCCUGAAUGCCAUGGAGAGUGCCGACCUGGCUGAUCUAGUGGAAAAUGUGGAGUGGGAGGUGCUCGGGAUGCCAGCCAAGCGGAACAUCAUUCUGUAUGGCUGCUGUGCUGAUCCUUACCCAGAUGUGACCUACACCCUGAAGCUUAAAAGGAGAGCUUCUUUCUAUGUUUUCAAUCUGCUGAUACCUUGUGUGAUGAUCUCUUUUCUGGCUCCACUGGGCUUCUACCUGCCUGCUGACUCCGGAGAAAAAGUUUCUUUGGGUGUCACUGUGAUGCUGGCUCUCACUGUCUUUCAGCUGCUUGUUGCAGAGAUCAUGCCACCCUCUGAAAAUGUACCACUGAUUGGAAAAUAUUACAUUGCAACAAUGACCAUGAUCACAGCCUCCACUGCUCUGACCAUCUUCAUCAUGAACAUACACCACUGUGGUCCAGAUGCCAAGCCUGUUCCCAAGUGGGCCAAGAAAGUCAUUCUGCAGUACAUGGCCAGGAUGUGCUUUGUGUAUGAAGUUGGGGAGAACUGCAUGUCACCACAGCCAGAGAAACAGGAGCCUCCAGUGAUGAAGAACACAAACUGCACAAUGAACGGUCAGGCUGGGCUGGGCCGAGACGACUUUGCAUUCAAAACAGAGAGAGGACAAGAGACGGUGUGCUCACCAGAGGGACGAGAAGACACAGAUCAGAUGAUGAGCCCGAUUGGCUCCAUGGGCAAGAAUCCCACCAGUAACUACAGCACCUGGAAGAACGGCGUCUUUAUGAGCAUGGACUGCGGAGACUCGGGGGGUCCGAGGAGAUGCAGGAAAGGAGGGGAGAGCGACUUGGAGAGAAAAGAGGCCGAGCUCACCUGCAGCACCCCGAGCAACGAGAGGCUGCUGCUGCGUAACAUAGAGUACAUAGCCAACUGCUACAGAGAUCAGAGAGCCACGCAAAAAAGGACUGGAGAGUGGAAAAAGGUGGCCAAAGUUUUGGACCGAUUCUUCAUGUGGAUAUUUUUUAUAAUGGUGUUUCUAAUGAGCCUUCUCAUCAUGGGGAAAGCCAUUUAACUGCUGAGCUGCUCAGAUGUUGGUUUUGGAGACACAGUCGAAUUGUGUACAUAAAAUACAAAUCAGAAA